CUUCUCCCCCGCCCACUCCUCCUCCUCCUCCUCCGCCGCCGUUCCCCUCUCUUUCUCCGAGAGCUCGCCUUCGCGCAUUGCUUCCUCGCGGAUGAUCCAAUCCCCAUUUGCUGGAUUGUGCUAAGCUCACCAUCGAUUUGAUCGGAAUGCGCGGUGAGUGAUCGGUUUGAUCCCGCUCUAUUUUGAAUUUGGAGCCUUUAGGGUUUCUAGUGAUGAUUUUAAUUUGGAUUGGUUUCUGGUUUUUGAGACUCUGUUUGUUGCGAGUUUUUGAAUGAUUGGAGUCUUGUGAUUCACUGAUUGAUUGCUGAUGGGGUUAGGGUUUUUUUCUGACAAAAUUCAUCGGAAAACAAGAAAAAUGGUGUCGUUCUGGUUGCUACUGUUUGCAAAGGUGGAAUGUUCUGGUUUUAGGGUUUGUUGUGGCUAUUGCUUGUGAAAAAGUUGAAGUUUUUAUGGUGUUAGGUUGUUAGUAAGUGCUGACGAGUUAUCAUUCAAGGAGACUUCCUGUUUUUGGAUUGGAUUUCUUGAUAGAAACUCUGGAAAUGGUGUUGAUUUCGGAGAUAAUAGAUGGGGCUGUAAAUGAGGAAGAGAAGAAGCUGGGAGGGGAAAUAGUACUUACAACAUCGAGUGAUGAUAUUGAGAAGAGCCUGUGUAAUUUGAAAGAAUUCACUAAUUGUUCUGCUGAGGACAAACAUUCUACCAUUGAGAAACCCUCUGAGGUGAAUGAAAGCCCUGUUGAGAACCUUACCUCUGCACUGCUGCCUGAGUCCUCUGCAGUGGAUGCAGCAGCAGCAGGGAAGGAGUGUUACAAUGAGGACGCUCUUCGCAUUGCAGACAUCAUGCGUAGUUACCUUCAUAUGCAACAAACAGCUGCUGUUGGAACUGACACCAGCACCUCGACUGGCACUGUGACUGGGUAUGACCCUACUUCCAUCUAUCCAAUUACAGCCACAAUAUUGCCUCAGCAAUCCUCUUCGGAGGAACUUCCAUUGCAGGACCGAUGUAAGGCUAUGAUGGAAGUUGUCCGGAAAGAACAUGGCAAGUGGGUUGUCUCAAAGCUUAUUUUGGAGCACAAUCAUCCUGUGACACCACCUCAACAACCUUGUUGUGACGUGCUCCAAUUACCUGUCAUGGGCAUGGAAUUCGAAUCAGUAGAGGCUGCCAAGACCUUCUACUAUACUUUCAGUGAGCAGAAUGGAUAUAAACCCCGCACGGGUUCUAACAGAAGGUCUUCAAGCAGUGGGGCUUUGAUCAUGCAAAGGUUCUUGUGUUGGAGGGGGAAUUAUCUCAUGUAUCGUAAGCCCUCUGACACCAAUACAAAGAAGCGGAAGCGUGGUCCAUACAAGAGUCGAGGUGGCAAGCCCUAUGAGGAGGUUGAAAUGAAGGGUGGUGAUAUUGUGGAUUUAAUUGAAGUUGACAGUUCAAGUGAGAAGACUGCUGUGGCUGGUGAAGAUCAUGGUACCGUUGAAGUUGGGAGCAGCCCACCAAUUAAAGAAGCUGCACCUCUAGAAAUGGACGCUGUGCAAAUUGGAUCUCCUCCAAUUAUUGGGACAAUGCUCUGGGGUGCCGAUGAUGGGAAGGGAAAGAGUACUGAGAAGGCAUCGCAAGUUGCAAGCACCACAACAUCUAAAUUGCUGAGAGAACUUGGUGUAAGAGUGUAUCGCUACACAAAUGAAGAAAGGAGGGACAUCAUUCUGAAGUACAUGAUGAAGAGGAAUAAUAGACAAGUUUCAGAGAAGCCUGCAAAGUUAUCAUCACGGCAAGCUCUUGCAGAAAGCCGCCAACGAGGCACUGGAGGCAAGUUUCUUAGUAAGCAUGAAAUGCAGACUUCCAGUGCACAAGGAGAAACUGCCACGGCAGAUUCAGAUACUACAGUGGAGGCUGCACACUCUGGAGAGCUGAAAGUAGGCAUGGUGUUCAAAAAUGAAGACAAGGCAUAUGAGUUUUACAUUAGAUAUGCAGGAAAUGUUGGUUUUAGUGUGCGUAAAGGUUGGUGGGAUAAAUCUGCUAGAAAUGUUACCAGAUCCAGAGUUUAUGUCUGCUCAAGGGAGGGGUUCCGCCCCAAGAAUGCAGUCAAUGAUGGGAAAAAACCACGGCCAGAAACAAGAACUGGUUGCCAAGCCCGAAUGACUAUAAGAAUCACACCUAUUGGUAAAUAUGAGGUAACAGAGUUUAUACCAGAUCAUAACCAUGAGCUUGCAGCUCCAUUAGAUAUUCAAAUGUUAAGGUCACAGAGGUUGCUAGCAAAGACCCAAUCAACUGGCCUGCAGAAUGGACACUUAAUCCCUGCUGAAUAUAAAAAUUAUCUCAGGUCAAAACGAAUGAAGGAGAUGAAAUUGGGAGAUGCUGGAGCAAUGAUGGAGUACUUACAAAAGAUGAAAGGUGAGAACCCAUCAUUUUUCUAUGCCAUACAAGUCGACGUAGAUGACCAAAUGAGUAAUAUUUUCUGGUCUGAUGCAAACUCGCAGUUGGACUACUAUUACUUUGGAGAUGUAGUCUGUUUUGACACCACAUAUAGAGUAAAUGAUUACGGCAGACCUCUUGCACUAUUCCUUGGUGUGAAUCAUCACAAGCAAAUUGUUAUAUUUGCUGCGGCAUUGCUAUAUGAUGAAACUGUUGAAUCUUAUAAAUGGUUGUUUGAGACUUUCAAGGCAGCAAUGUGUGGUAAACAACCAAAGACUAUUUUGAUUGAUCAGUGCCCAACAAUACGUGAUGCAGUAGGCGCUGUAUGGGCUGGCACAGUGCAUCGCUUUUGUGCUUGGCAUGUAUAUCAGAGUGCUGCAAAUCAUUUUAGUCAUCUCCUCCAAGAUUUAGGAACCUUCUCACAUGAUCUUGGAAGAUGUAUAUUUGACAUGGAAGAUGAAGAUGAGUUCCUAUCAGCUUGGGAAUCAAUGAUAGAAAAAUAUGAUCUGAAAGAUGAUGAAUGGCUGACCAAACAAUAUGAAGAUCGAGAUAAAUGGGCUUUGGCUUAUGAUCGAGAAAUCUUUUGUGCAGAUAUUGGUGAUGCUUUGAGAAGGGAAAGCUAUACUACUCUUCUCAAAGAAUCAUUGAGUCUAGACAAAGAUCUUCGUGAAUUUUUUAAGCAGUAUGACAAAUUAGUGGAAGAGGGUCGGUAUGCAGAGCGUCAAGCUGAUUACCAUGCAGGUCAAGCUAAUCCUAGAUUUCCUCUUUUGUGGAUGUGGCAAGCUGAAAAUGCUUUUACACCUGCAAUUUUUGAUCGUUUUAGAGUAGAAUUUGAAUUAUUCAUGAAUUGUACAAUUUAUGCUCGUGGUGAGGUUGGACCAAUAUCUGAGUAUGAGGUUACAGCCAAGGAAAAAACUAAAGGACACUAUGUCAGAUUUGAUUCAUCUGAUGGAACAAUGACCUGCGGUUGUAAAAAGUUUGAUUUCAUUGGUAUCCAAUGCUGUCAUGCCUUAAAAGUCCUUGAUUUUAGAAACAUCAAAGAGCUUCCCCCACAAUACAUAUUGAAAAGGUGGAGAAAAGAUGCAAAGACAGGAUCUAUUAGAGAGAAUCAUGCUUCUACAUUUGAUUAUAAUCUGGAGUCAUCUCUGCCAAAACGGUAUAACUCAUUAUGCCGUACAUUGUAUAGAAUUGCAGCAAGGGCUGCAGAAAAUGUGGAGGCAUAUGCCUUCUUGGAAAACCAAUCCGAUCAGCUCUUAGAGCAAGUUGAGAGAAUAUUGCAAACAAGACUUCUUGAGAAACCUUCUCCUAGCAAUGUCUCAAAGGGUCAAACACAGACUACAGUUCAGAUGGAAAAUGAUGACAGUGGUGAAAUUCCAAGGCUAGGUGGAAAAAAGAAAAAAGAUGGAAGUACAAGCAAGAAGAAUAAUCAAACCAGGCUGGAGGCGAGUAAGAAGCUCAAGGGAAGAAAAGGUCAAGCUGAUGAUGUGGAAAUUACAGUGAGAGAUAAUGAACACCCACCUCCAGUAGGAUCAGAAAAUAUUCCACCUCAGCUGAGAAACGCUGCUAAUCAAUUUUUUGUUCCCAAUCAGUUCAUGCAGGGAACAUAUGUUCCUUCUCAUCAGUAUGGGCAUGGUUCAAUGCAAGGUUUUCAUGGAACGACUCAGUUUGGUCAGGAAUCUUCAGCUGCUGCAUUGCAGCAACAGCCAUUCCAUGGCCAGUUAAACCAGAAUGUUGUGCAGGGUUCUCCAUCUCCGGAUGUCACCUCUCUGCAAUUUGUUGGGGUUAGUACCCAAAUGGACCCGCAAAGUAUUCCAGUGUGGGAUUUCCUGUGAAGUACAUGUUCCAUUGUUCUCUACAAACCUGGCCGCUUCUUCCAAUAAGAUUGUGAUUUCCGGUAUCAGAACUUAGUCCGUCAUGUCCCGUAAAUAAGCCCCUUUUUCUCUUUCAACCUGUGAAACACCACUUAAAUUUGUGCAUCGUGACCGUUUUCCAUGUCAGGAGCUCUUUAUCACCUGGAAUCUAUCUCCAUCUGACUACUAGACUUUAACAUGUGACUGAGUUUGUACAGUAAGUGACUCAGAAUUCUGAUUCAUCGAUAUAGACAGUCCGUGUUUAUUGGAAGAAAAAAAAAAAAAACAUGUACAAGCCAACUAGCCAACCUUUGUAAUUUUUCGCAGAUAAUCUGUACAUCAAAUCAGUGGGUCAUAUUGUAACCUCUUGUCUUCAUUUCAUUUUCACUUGCUGUAUACUGCUUGUUUUUUGUUUAUCAGGCUAAUAUACCGGCCAUCUGGUCAAAUUCCUCCUUUUCUUUAAUGUUUUCUUGCAGUACAUUGUGAUUGUUCCUUAUUUAUGUUAAUUUACUUCA